AUGGGAAACCGUAUAACGAACGGCACGGAAGCCUUAAUGAAUUCGUACCCAUUUAUGGCAAGUGUAAUUUUUCACGGUGGACAUAAAUGUGGAGGAUCUAUAAUUUCAAACGAUUGGAUUUUAACCGCUGCUCAUUGUUGUUUUUACGAAGGUAAAGAAGUUGGAGAUAAUCUCAUUCAAAUUUCCGUCGGAAACGUUUAUUGGCGAGACGGUACUUUAUACAGGGUCAACAAAAAAUUUGUACACGAGGCUUAUGAUCCAAAUAAUGUAAUUAACGAUAUCGCAUUGUUUAAAACGUUAAAAACGAUCAAAUACGGUUUAUCCGUUUCUGCCAUACCACUAAAUCAAAACAACAUCGCUAAAAACCAAGAGGCUAUUGUUAUAGGUUGGGGUUCCUACAUGAACACGAAAGGCGAAUUGAUUUACGAGCCAUCAAACAAGUUGCAACACGUCGUUAUUAAGGUGGUUGCUUUAAAAAUGUGUGAGAAAUAUUAUGGGACGAUGUCCUCGAAAAAUUUGUGUGGAUUCGGGGGUAAUUCGAAAGGAAGUUGUCAAGGCGAUUCUGGUGGACCUCUUAUUGUAAAAAAUGAAAAUAAAAUGACAUUAAUUGGAAUCGUUUCUUAUGGAUCGGAUUGUAGUAAUACAAUUCCUGAGGUUUACACGAAUGUGAAUUAUUAUUAUUCUUGGAUUAAAAAGGUUAUAAGACAAGAAAGACUUAAGAUUAAUUAA